CGCUAGGCGGCCCCCACGGCGCACGGGAAGGCGCAAUGCGCACGCUCCGACUCGGCCGCUGGCGGCUCUGACUGAAGGAGGCCGCGGCCACUUCUGGUUGGCCUCGGGGCGGGCUGGCUUGGGUGUUCCUCCGUCCUCGAGGCCCCCGUAUUCCCAUCGUUCAGCCCCCUAGGGGCACCGGCGCGGCGGUGGCCUCGCAGGGCGCUCGGUUCCACUCUCCAGCUCUCCUCCCCCUGGCCCCGUCGCCCCGCCUUCCCCGGGCUGGGCUGCGGGGUCAGGGGCCGAGCGGAGCGGGGUGAGUAUUCCCACAGCCCCUGCCGGUCGCCGCCUCCCGGCUCUGCUUCCCACACGGUCCUCGCCCUACUCCUAGGACAGGGAGGAAGGGCUCGCGCGGGUAGGCGGGACACGGCCCAGUCCUGAACAAAAGGCCAGGGAAGCGGGUCCCCGACGGUGAACUGCGGGCCUGUGUUGGCCGCCGCGCUCGGGGCGAGCGGGGAAGGGCGAGGACACUCCCUCCCCGGGACCCAGUCCCCGUCGCGCACACGGUGUCACCAGCACUCCUGGCCCAAUACCCAAAUGCUGCAGCACCCUCGAAUUAUCAUUUAACAUGGAAGAAGAUGAGUUCAUUGGAGAAAAAACAUUCCAACAUUAUUGUGCAGAAUUCAUUAAACAUUCACAACAGAUAGGUGAUAGUUGGGAAUGGAGACCAUCAAAGGACUGUUCUGAUGGCUACAUGUGCAAAAUACACUUUCAAAUUAAGAGUGGGUCUGUGAUGUCACAUCCAGGAGCAUCUACCCAUGGACAGACAUGUCCUCCCAUGGAGGAGGCUUUCGAGCUACCCUCAGAUGAUUGUGAAGUGAUUGAAACUGCAGCAGUGUCCAAAGUGAUUAAAUAUGAGUAUCAUGUCUUAUAUUCCUGUAGCUACCAAGUGCCUGUACUUUACUUUAGGGCAAGCUUUUUAGAUGGGAGACCUUUAACUCUGAAGGACAUAUGGGAAGGAGUUCAUGAGUGCUAUAAGACGCGACUGCUACAGGGACCAUGGGACACUAUUACACAACAGGAACAUCCAAUACUUGGGCAACCCUUUUUUGUACUUCAUCCCUGCAAAACGAAUGAAUUCAUGGCUCCAGUAUUAAAGAAUUCUCGGAAAAUCAAUAAGAAUGUCAACUACAUCACAUCAUGGCUGAGCAUUGUAGGGCCAGUUGUUGGACUGAAUCUACCUCUGAGUUAUGCCAAAGCAACCUCUCAGGCUGAAUGAAAUGUCGAUUAACGAGAUUCUUCUAUCGAGCUUAGAAAUUGUGGUAUGAAGAAUGUCAAGAGUUUACCUGACCAGCCCUGGCUUUAAUAGGACCAAUACCAUGGAAUAUUUCAUCUCACCAAGAUUUGACAUGGAUUAUUUUUCCCUUGAACACAAAUGUCUACAGCAACUGAUAUUUGAUAGACCGAAUGUUUAGAAGAAACAUUUCAAAGGCGUACAUCAUGGCCAGGCAUGGUGGCUCACACCUGCAAUCCAAGCACUUUGGGAGGCCGAGGUGGGAGCAUCACUUGAGCCUGGGAGUACGAGACCAGCCUGGGCAAUAUGGUGAAACCAUGUCUGUACCAAAAAAUACAAAAAUUUGCCUGUUUGUGGUGGUGUGUGCCUGUAGUCCCAGCUACUCAGGAGGCUGAGGUGGGAGGUUGGCUUGAGCCCAGGAGGCAGAGGUUGCAGUGAGCUGAGAUUGUGCCACUGCACUCCAGCCUGAGUGACAGAGCCAGACACUGUCUCAGAAAAAAAAAAAAAAAAAAAAAGACAUAUCACUAUAAAUAGCAAAAAACGAAUCUUAACUUACUAAUACUAGGAAUACCAACAUUAUUAGGGCACUUGCAGGUUAUUCUUUUCUAGGCCAAGUACUUCACUUACAUUUGUCUGAUAUGGAGAUUGAGGGAGAAGUAUAUUUGUGUAUUCAUUUUAAUGUAAGAUAUACAAAAAUUAAAUUACUGGAUUUACCUGUCCCUGAAACUGGUGUUAUAAACAUGACCUAUCUUAAGUGAUUCUCCCAGAAUCAAACUCAGGAACAAUAGAUUAUUUCUGUUUUACUCCAAAGAUAGGGGAGAGAGAGAAAGAGAGAAAGUGUGUGUGUGUAUGUAUGUAUGUGUGGGUGUUUGUGUAGACAGAUAGAUGUAAAAUAAAGAAAAAAACACAAUAUUUUACUGUGAGACAAUAUGUUUUACCAGCGAAAUGUGGCAUAGUAAUUAGAAGUUUUCUAAAAAGCUGUAGGAAAUAUUUAAACAUUAAGAUUUCUUUUUGACCUACAGUAAUAAAACAAUGGUCAUUUUACCCCUCUACUUCUCAACCCCACAGCUACUCUGCUGUACUCUUUGAGGGCUCUUAAGCGAGUCUUCGUGUCCCUGAGACUUAUUUUCCUCAUCUUUAAUUUGAAAAUAACAAGCUACCUCAUAGGGUUGCUGUGAGAACCACAUGAGAUCAUUAAUGCAUAAGAUACUGUAAAGUAUUAUACGAAUAUUCAUUAAAUGUUCACCUUUCUUGUAUAUAAUUGGUAUUCACUCAGGUUGUAAAUAAGUUUCAUAGCCAGUUAAGUAUUAAGAUAAACCUAACUUGGAACCAUUUUUUUUUUUUUUGGUUGCUUGUUUUGUUUUUUGUUUUCAUUUACUAGGAGCUGAAACUAAGAUUAAAAUGUCGUUGGGUUUUUAGAGAGUCUAGAUUAGUGUCUUUGAAUGAGAGAGAUGCUUAAAAUCACCUGAGCAUCGUUUACAGCUACAGAUGCUGGGGCCACCUGACACAGUCUCUCUGGGGGUGAUUCUGCUCUGGAGAACCUCUGGUCUGGAUAUACCUUUAUUGUGACAUUGAUUUGUAUUGUUGUGCUCUACUGACAGGCCUUUUCCAAUCCAUACAAGCUGAACUUGCUUCCUAAUGUUUGUCCAGGCCUUACCUGGAUAGGAAGGAAGCUUAGGAGACAUGUUCACAAGGCAGCCGUCUUGUAGGAAACCAGUCCAGGUGAGGACAUCAUUCACCAGUGGAUCACUGAGCACCAUUGACAGCAUCCUCAGUCCACAUCUGCAGAUUAAGAGCUGAACUCUCACAGAGAAAGUGGAAGUAGAGAAAGGGUUAAUUCAAACUGCUAGAAAAGCUAAAAGUAAAUUUUAAAAUGCUGAGCUGCACAUAUUCAUGCUAGGAUGAGAGCCAGCUUAAAUGCUUGCUGGGCAUUUUGGUAUUUACCGCUUAACAUGUUUUCAACUUCUGUGAGGGAUUUUCCCCCUACUCUCCCUAAUGUAAACACAGAUUUCUCGGCAAGUCAUUUCUCAAGCCAUGUCAUUUCUAGUGUAAAAUAAAUUAUAAUAAUGUGUCAUCUGAAUGGUGUUCUUGUCUGCAAAUAUUAGUUAUCCUUUGCUAACAGAUUCUGAGAUGAGAGUUUAUCAGUUUGGAGCCAACAUUUAGUUUUUUUAAAAAAGUUAAAAAUAAAACUUUUUCUCUGAUCAACAAGGACCUAAAAAUUCAUCAGUGGCAGAAAAAAGUUCUGAGGAGCUCCUGUAGAUUGGGGAGGCCUUUCUCCCCAGAUAGAUCCCUCUCCUCGAGCAGCUUGAUUUCUUUCUAGAAUUGUUUUCACUUAAAAAACUUCUAAUUUUUGGUUGAUAAUUUCCAUUUUUAUAAAUGCAGUUAUGGUAACGGAAUGUUAUCCUGACAGUUAUUAAACAUUAGAAGAUAUUUGGUUUUGUUGAAGUAACUGUUCUUUCUUGGCAAUAUGAAGAAUUUUUCUCCCUGCUUCCUCAUAUAAUGUACAACAUCUUCUAUCAGAAAUCAGGCUGGCUAAAGCCGCUUCCAGCUAACCUAAAUUCUGCUUCUGUGUGACCUUGGAAAAAUUUCUUCACCUCUGUGGUCCUCAGUUUCUUUAUUUGUAAAAUGGGGAAAUUCAGCUAUGUGUCUUUUGCAACAACCGUAAAUUUUUAGGUCUGUGAAAUAGAAGUCCAGAGAUCUAAACUGUGAGGCUGCUUAGCUGCUAGCUGUGUGACUUGGGCCAAUUUUCUUAUCUCCUUCUUAAACUAUUUCUGAAAAAGAAAGCCCACAGUAUCUAUGCUGCUUACCUGACAAGGGCAUAGAGAAGAUCAAAAUGCUACAUAAAACUGAAUGUACUUUAUAACCAAGGCAGUGAGACAUGGAGUGAGGGGUGACAGUGGAUAAUGACCUGCUCCUUCAGGGACACCAGCAUCCCUAAUCCUCCCCACCUCAUUGCAUGCCUGAGCCCUCCCCAGUGCCAAACGCUCUCUGAUUUGGGGAGUCUUCUGCUUCACACCCUUAGCCGACUGUUGCUUAUGCUGGUACCCACCUGGAAGUGCUUCCUUCCCCACAGAUCUACCCAAUUCCCACCCUGGUGUUGGUGAUUUACUCUCACAAAGCCACCUCUGACCACCACAGCCCCGAAUCAAUGCUCCCUUCAUUACUCACUGUCCUUUGUCACUAUGAGCUUUUAGCUGCCUCUCUUCCACUCUGAUUUCUCCCCAACUUGAUAAGUAUGAAUUAAGUCAUUUCAGGUGUUGGCCACUGUUCUUGAUUUACUCUGUUGCAGCAUACACAGAAGAAUGUCUGUGUGUGCCACGUAAGUAGAAAGGCUCUUCGGUUGGGAAUUUGAGAGGUGGGAAAACUCUUUGAGGAACCAGUGGAGGGAGCAGUGGAGGGAGCAGAGUCUGUGUUGCUCAGCAGGUCCUAGCUUACAAGCUAGAGGUUAAAAAAAAAA